AUGAAAGAUGAAAUAAGAACUAGCUAUAAUUUUUCAGUUAAAAAUGUUAAUUUUUUUAAAAAUGCAUUAGCUUUAUUGAAUGUUGACGAUAAUAAAAAUAGUAUGAAAUCCAAAAAAUCUAUAAAUAAUAGUGUAGAAUUGGACAACUAUAUUUUAUUUAAUUUAUUUUAUGAGGGUCUAAUGCUUAGAAGUUUAUCUAAGUGCAAGCAAAUAUAUUGUUUUUUAUUUAUAGAUUCAAAUUGUUUUGCUAGUUAUGACAUUUUUGAAAAAGAAGCAAUCGGAACGAAACUUAAAAAAAAUGAAAAUAAUAAUGUAAAAAAAAAAAAAUCAAAUAUAUAUAAUGGAAAUUAUUAUGAUGAAAAUGAAUCAAUAAGUAUUAAUUCCGAUGAUUUAUUUACAACACAUGCUAUAGACAAUGAAAAUAAAGAAGUAAUUAAAUUAAAAUCUGUAUCACCAUUUAAAGUCCAAUAUACUGAGAAUGAGAAAAAUGAAUAUGAUAUUCGAAAAAAAAUAUAUCAAAUGGAUAACAAAAUAAAAAAUUCUGUUGAAUUUCUUGUAUCUCCAUAUAAAUUAUUAAGCGCAUUAGAAUUUUUAAAUCCUGUUAUAUUAAAUAUUAAAUUUGAUUACAUAGACAGAAAAUUAAUUUUGCAUUUAACUGAUGAAGAUGGUGAUACAUCAGAAACUUUUAUAAGUAUAAUUGUAGAUUAUUAUUAUCAAAUAUAUAAAUUAGAAAAACAUACAUUUUUAAAUAAUGAUUAUACUUACUUUAUUUUGCAAUCAACCAUUUUUUCAUUCUAUCUAGAAUAUUUAAUUAAAUAUAACGAUGACCAUAUUACAUUUCAUAUAAGUCCUUAUGUUGAUGAUAAAACAUCAAUCCUCAAAAUCGAAACAAAGAAUAAAAAUUAUCAAAGAUCAGUUAACUUAAUGCCAAAAGAAAAUUUCGAAGAUUUUAAAAUUAUAGCAGAACAAAAAUUUAGUUAUAGAGUGCGAGAUUUAUCGAAAAUUCCACAAGCCCUAAAUAUAAGCUCUUACAUUAGAUUGGAUGUUCAAGAAAAUGGGGUGUUGCGUCUUCAGUUUACUUUAAAGUAA